UCUUUUUCUUCAUGUGCCAUUUCUUUUCCUCCCUCAGCUUAAAGUCUUGUCCGGAAAGUUUCCAAAGACAGCUGUUUAUAGGAACCCGUAUCUUGCAGUUGAAUAACCAAGAACCUGUUGAUGCUAGAAGAGCAAUAGACUACAUCACAACCAGCGCAGGACAAACGGUGGAUUUGUUGGUGCAGUUGUUCCCUCUUGGGGUACGAGUGCGGCUGUGCGUUCCAUCUGUAGCGGCUCUAGGCAUUACCCUCCAUGGAAACGAGAUCAUGAAUAUGCAUGAAGAUGGUGUAAUGAGUAGGAUAGCUGAUGGUAUGAGGUGCGUCUGUCCAGCUCUCUCCACUACUGACAUGCCUAGCCCAUCUGCUGAACAGCGAUCCAUCACAGCUAUAGGAGACUACCAUGUACCAUUUGAUGCUACUGCAGAAGAGGUUGAAGAAAUGUUAGAUUCUGCAAUCAAAAGUGGCGAUGGACUAGUUCUACAGCUCCAGCCAACAGAGUUCUACCAAGCCAUAGCUCCAGCUGCCUUACAGAGACGUAUUGUGGACCGUGAUGCUGUACUCAACCCCAGACCACACCGUAGACCAUCACUAGUUCAUCAGAGUCUCAUGAGUAACCCUCCUUCUUAG